GCCCAUACAACACUGAAGUAGGUUGUAAAUGUUUCCACUCCAGGAAUGGAGAGAAUUUGGCCACGAGAUGCCCAUCCUGUUCCCAGUGGCAGAAAGCUAACAGCCAGGUCAUGGCCCUUCCUAAUGCCAGAGACUUGAGAAUUGGCUCAAAGGUACUCACUUCCUACCAUGAUACCCAGUGAUUAAAUGUAAUCUCCCUAAACUAACGGGGUUAGCCAGUUCCCUUUUCCCAGCUUUCAAAUGGACACAGUACUAUUGAAUUGGAACACACUUUCUUGAGAGUAAGCCUCCUAGACCACAGUGGAACAUGCAUAGCCUUUUUUUCCUUAAAGCUUGCUAUUCUCCUCCCACUUGUUUUGGAUUGACACACCUCCAUUUAAGAGAGUCAAAUGAGGGCACUACAUAAAAAUGCAGUGCUUUUAGAAUUGAAGCCCAGUGCUGGAGAAAAGACCAUGCAAUAAUAGCCUCUGGGAAUGUGACACGCCUCCCUUUUUUGGGCUGCAACCCACUCUCUUCCUGUUGUGGCUUCAAGCUGAGGCAGCCUUCAGAGGUAAACACAAUGUACAGGGAUGCCCUCACUUAGAGCGCAGGACAUCAUGAAGUUGCCCCAGGAGCAUCUCAAUCUGUCCUGCACAUCCUGGGGGGAACAGAAUGCACUUAUAGAAUCCUACCUAUUUCAGAAGGACAGGACUCUCUCUGCUCAGAUGUACACUCAAUAGUUGGGCUCUGUGGUCAACAUCUGGACAAGCAACGUUCAAGUUUAGCUAAUACUUGGUUUGUAGUCAUCCAGGGCAAAGUUCUUCCAGCUGUGGUUUUCUAAAUAAAUGCUCUGCAAAAGAAAAAGGGACCUGCAGUUUGGGAAGUAGGUUUUGGUUGUCCCCGUCUACGGGAUGUCCACAUUUGCCCUGCCUAAUGUGGCAAAGCCGUUUAAAGACUGGAAGAAUUCAUGGGGACACAAAGUCAAUGUGGUGCAGCACUUGAGUGUUUGACUAGAACCUGGCAUAACAGGGGUGGUUGGUAGUCAACUAAGUUUUACUCAGGGUAGACCCAAAGAAAUUAACGAAACCCACAAAGUUGGGUCUAGGUCUAUUAAUUUCAAUAGGUCUAUACUGAGCAGAAAUUGAAUAUCACUAGCAACUGGUAGUGGAAUAUUUUUUGCUGUUUUCAGGUUAAGCCAUGCUAAGGCAUCUAAAACACACACACCAACGUCCCCAAAACGCACCACAACAUGGAAUCACAAUCUAUACUAAAACGUCUGAGCAAUACUCUGACUGUGGUUCCUCUUUCUGUGUCCCUUUUAUAAUUUGCAAAUAACACUUACAUUUUUGUGCCCCAGCUCUGAUUUCACCUGCUUUCCUUUGUCGUCUUGUUUUCCUGAGUGCUCCGGAAGAUCAUUUCCAACUGGGCUGCUGCAUCUCUGCCCCUCUCCCUAUGCACGUCCAUAUGCCCCAAAUAUCACCUCUCAUUUCUGUUUACCAGGAGCUACUCCCCUCUGAAGAAGACACCUACACCACCUCAAAGCCUCCGUUGUAAGCAUAAAUUUUUGGGGGAAAUUCCAGCCUGCCUUUGCCUGUUACCCCCGCACAUUCCCUGUCUAUUCUGUUCAUUUACAGUACUAGUCCUUGAACUCCCACCUCCCACCCUCAUCUCAAACCAAUAUUUUAAGUGCAUGCUUAGCAGAGAGAAUUCUAGGCCCCGGCUGUCUCUUACUGAAGUUCAGUGAAAUGAGGUAAUCAUUCUGAAGCGUGACAUCACAGUUGAGUUUAUUGGCACUCAAUUCAGCGGCUGAAUCCUUGCAAGUUGAUUGCAGAGUCCUGCAGAGGUUGGAUACUAAGCAAGCGGACAGCUGAGCUCUUUGCUGAAGAUGGAGGGCAAUAGGUAUGAAGAUAGCAGCACGGAGAGGCCCACAAGUUCCCUGCUGAGCACACCCCGAAAACUCAGCGUCCACCCCUCCGUGAGCUGGGGAGGCCUCGAAUUUGAGAAAGACCCUGCCACUCAGCAGCUUCCUCCGGCACCAGCUCCCGCCCCACCCAGGCUUCCUGGUCUCCUGAGCAAGUUGGGCCCGGUGUGCUCAUCCCACAGGCAGCUGAUGAAGGCUGCCGGCUUGUACGAUGAGUCUCGCACAAAGCAGGUGGAGGAUCAGAUCAACUAUGACCACUUGCGGAAGCUGGAGCGCAUGUUCCGCGAGGCGGACAUCGAUGGCGGAGGAGGUCUGGACAUGGAAGAAUUCCGAAGCGCCAUGAAGAAGAUCAUGGGGGACGUUUCCGAUGAAGACAUUGACGUGAUUUUCAUGAAGGUGGACACCAACUGUGACGGCGCCGUGGACUGGGAGGAGUAUCUGAAUUACAUGCUGCGUGAAUACAGAGGGAAGGACGACAUGCUGAAAAAUAAGAUGCUUCCUGAGUUCCAGACGACCAUGAAACCGGUUUCCGUGGCUCACUCUGAGGAAAUCGUCAAGAUCCAGUUUUUCCCAAACCAGAACAGGGGGCUUUUGGAGAGGGCGAGGAAAAGCCGAUCGCCGUCUGGGCGAUUCCUGACCGUCAGCAGGGACGGGAUCCUGCAAUACUGGAGCGACACCUUUAAAAGGCUUCGUACUGUUGUGCUGGACCAGAGCAAAAGACGUCACAGUUUGAAACUCUGGGUGAUUGACAUGGUGUGCCUCACCAAUAUCAACUUACUGGCGGUUGCAACGACAGACCAGGAUAUUGAGUUCUUUGACAUUGGUGGCAAUAAAUGCGACCGGAUCUUCACUCUCGUCGACUUGGAAGGGUGUGCCACGGCUAUGGACUACUGGACCGAUGGCCGCAAAGCAAUCUUCUCUGUUGGGGACGUGAAAGGGAACGUCCUGAUCUUCACCUCAUCGGAUGUUGUGAUGAACGGGCUUUUCAAUGUCCGCAGCUACAUAGGUGGCAUGUCUAGAGUCCCCGUCCACAUCCUCCUGAAAAACAAGGCCGAACAAUACAGGAAUUUCCAUAUCCCUGCUUUGCACGGAGACUGGUGCCAACAGAUCAAGUACAUCCCGCAGCUCAACCUGGUUGCCUCCUGCACGCCAGCCGAAAAGACUGCCAUGGCCCUCACCACUCUCCCGCUGCAUAACAUUGGUAAAACCCAAUCAGCGGUGAUCGUUCUGAAGAAAGGCAUCCUUUGCUUUGACUAUUCCUCGGAAAUGAACAUCCUCGUGACAGGAGGGUACGAGCCCCUGGUCCGCAUCUGGAACCCCUAUGUAACCAGCAGCCCCAUCACGCAGAUGAAGGGCCACUCCACGGCUGUCACCCACAUCAUGAUCAACGGGCAGAGGAACACCAUCGUCAGCGUCUCCAAAGACAAAAACAUCCGCGUCUGGGAUCUGCUGGAUCACUUCUGCCUGCAGUCGAUCCACGGCAGGAACGUCCCCCUGGGCAACUACCCCAUCUCGGCCACCUACUACCACCGGCCCUGCAAUUACAUCAUUUGCGCCACUUACACGCUUGGCUUUUUCUACGGCGUGGAGUAUGUCGACUUGGAUGCCAAGACCCAGGACCAGCCAGUGUGCUGUGCACUCUACAACAAGAAUUUUAAGCAGGUGGUCAGCGGCUGCUACAGCGGGGUCAUCACCGUUUGGGAUAUCAUGACCGGGCAGAAAGUGAUGGAGUUUUCCACCUCGUCAGGGCAGCCGGUGGAAAUCACGGCAAUGACCUUUGAUACCCCUGAGAGGCGGCUGAUCACAGCCCUGAAAAACGGGACCAUCAAACUUUGGAACUUCAACAACGGCGCCUGCCUGAUAGAGCUACCUUUUGACGACAAGGCUGAGAUCGGCUGCGUCUUGUACAUGAACCAGAAGAUUUUCGUGGCUGGGUGGAGCAAGAGAGUGACCUGGUACCUAGACAACAAGGAAGACGAGAAAGUGAUCGAGUGCAAGCACUGGAAGUCCUACCACUCCGACGACAUCUCGUGCAUGGACAGCUACGGCAAGAAUCUUUUGGCGACCGCAUCCUGCAACGGAGACAUCGUCCUGUGGAGCGUCCACUCUGGGCAGGCGUUCUGCCGAUUCAACGCAUCCGAGAGCCCCUUGAUCCUUGCUCCUCAAAGGGAGUUCUCCUCGGACCCAGACAUCCCCUUGCUGAACAAGAGCCCCAAGAAGACAGGCUGCAACCAUCGGCAGGCGAUGAAGAAGUGCUUCGCCUGCUCAAGAAAGGCCACCGCCUUCAAAACUGCCAUUCCUCAGCGGCCGGCCAGCGCAAAGACUCACCAGGUGACAUCUCCCAUCCCCCAGAGGCGCCCGGCUUCAGCCAUGCCUGGAAACCGCAUCAUGCGCCCAGCUACGUCCGUUCCCGGAAGCCACAUCAUGAAGGCCCAGGCAGCGUGGGAGCCCGAAGGAAGCGACAAGACUGCCGCUGGUUCUCAUGCUCACGCAGCCCCUGAGACUGGCUCACCGAAGGCCGAGACCCCUACAUGGCAGGAAGAAGUCAUCGCCAGCCGGGUUGGUGUAGAGAAGAUCCUCUUUCUGAAAGCUCGCGAGCGAGACUCUCACACAGCCAUUUUGCUGACCAGCUGCUCCGACGGGAACAUCUACGCUUGGACGUUCGGCGGCAAAGGAGGGAUGCUGGGCAAAUUCCGAGGAGGCCACGGACAUGCCCAGGACACCGUGGUCUGUUCCAUGAGCACGGAUGACAAGAACCUAGUCCUCUUCACUGGGGAUUCCUUGGGCUACUUGAAGAUCUGGGAUAUCAUGAAUUACUGCACACCAAGAGGGGAGAUCGACCCUGAGUCAGAGAUUAGCGACGAGAAUCUUCCGCAGCCGAGCCAGAACUCUUUUCGCGGCUUAAUCCCUGAUUACUGCAGAAUUCCCUCGGACUUCAGUUCCUCUGGUAUGACCGAAGAGGAACACGAGGGCUGGUUCACCUCUCUGAUUCCCCCCGUCUGCCUGAGCUCCUGGAGGGGACACUUGAAGAACGUGGGCAGCAUCAAAUACGUGGAGAGAUUCAGGGCGAUUCUCACUUCCAGCCACGACAGCACAAUCAAGCUCUGGAUGCUCUCGGGGAGACACGUGGGGACGUUUGGGCAGGCGGUGUGGAGGCUGGAAUUGCAGUCCAUGAUGACGGCAGAAGUGCCUGAGGACAUCCGCCGAACAGGCUCGCUGCAGACCCUGAAGGUCCUGAAUGAAGGCCGGCAGCCCCACUGGGAGAGCACCCGCAACAUCGUGCAGACGCUCAGCCAGCAGAGGAGGCAGCAGUCCAUGCUGAUGGAUUUCCUGCACGUCAAGUCGUCCCACGACGCUGCCAGCAAGAUGCAGGAAAUGAUGCAUAAAGAGACGCGGAUCAUCCAGAUCACAGACGAGCAAAUUGAGGCCUCUUAUCAGCAGUGGGAAGAGUUUGGGAAGCUGAAGAGCGAUAUCCUGGGCAGCGCCUACAAGCAGAAGUUUCCGCGCCCCGUCUUGAAGCAGCUCCCGGAAAUGAAGGCCUACGUAGCCCACAAGGACCAGCCCCGCAUCUAUCGCUGCAUCCAGUACACAGACCUCCAGCCCAUGUUCCAGGCGUACACUCCGGACCUGGUGAACGAGUCCCAGCAGACCCAGGCCGCGAUAGAGCACCGGGCAACCCGGAGAGCGAAGCGCUGGGCAACCCUCAAAGGCGUCGUCAAGCCCACCCUCAAGAGCUUCCUGUUGCGCAAGCGAGUUAUGGAGCCCAAGGAAUGAGCUGCCAGUCGCGGCGAGCGCUCCGAGGCGCGAGGCAGCCGCUUUCUCGUCCCAAGGGCCGCUGUUGGCUUGGGGGGGGGACCAGGAGUGAUUCGAGGCCCUCUCCCGUCUUCGGCUCCCCCCGAUUUCCAGAUCCUCCUAGAAGCUGGCAUUGGAUGUGUCCGACCCUUCGAAAUAAACAAAUUGUUGGAAA